AUGACCACAGAAUCAGGAUCAGACUCAGAGUCCAAGGAUAAAGAGCAGGAUCAGCAGGAGAACCCUACACAGCAAGGGGCAGCUGAGACCCAGCCACAGGACCAGCAGCAGCAGCAGCCACCAAGUGAAGAGGAUCAAAAGGCUCUUGAGCAGUUCUCGGCCGUGGCAGCUCACAGCACACCAGUGAAGAAGGAGCAGGCCACAGAGAAAGAACAGGAGUUUGCUGCUGCAAGUGCCAAACAGCUGGAAUACCAGCAGCUGGAAGACGACAAGCUCUCUCAGAAGUCAUCAUCUAGCAAACUGUCCAAGUCUCCUCUGAAGAUUGUCAAGAAGCCAAAAAACAUGCAGUGCAAAGUGACCCUGCUGGAUGGAUCAGAAUACACCUGCGAGGUCGAGAAACGUUCCAGAGGUCAAGUGCUGUUCGACAAAGUCUGCGAGCAUCUGAACCUCCUGGAAAAAGACUACUUUGGGCUGACCUACAGAGACACAGAAAACCAAAAGAAUUGGUUGGACCCUGCCAAGGAAAUCAAGAAGCAGAUCCGAAGUGGUGCUUGGCAGUUUGCAUUCAAUGUGAAAUUCUACCCUCCGGACCCUGCCCAGCUCUCCGAAGAUAUCACCAGGUACUACCUCUGCUUGCAGCUGAGAGAUGACAUCGUGUCGGGCCGGCUGCCCUGCUCCUUUGUCACCCUGGCCCUGCUGGGCUCCUACACCGUGCAGUCAGAGCUAGGUGACUACGACCCUGACGAGUACGGCAGCGACUACAUCAGCGAGUUCCGCUUCGCGCCGAAUCACACGAAAGAGCUGGAGGAUAAAGUGAUUGAGCUGCACAAGAGCCACAGGGGAAUGACACCUGCAGAGGCUGAGAUGCAUUUCCUGGAGAACGCCAAAAAGCUCUCAAUGUAUGGAGUAGAUCUCCAUCACGCCAAGGAUUCUGAAGGAGUGGAGAUCAUGCUGGGAGUUUGUGCAAGUGGACUCUUAAUAUAUCGAGACAGGCUCAGGAUAAAUAGAUUUGCCUGGCCAAAGGUGCUGAAAAUUUCCUACAAGAGGAACAACUUCUACAUCAAAAUCCGACCAGGGGAGUUUGAGCAGUUUGAAAGCACCAUUGGGUUUAAGCUGCCAAAUCACCGUGCUGCAAAGCGCUUGUGGAAGGUGUGUGUUGAGCACCACACGUUUUUCAGACUCUUGCUACCAGAAGCACCUCCAAAGAAGUUCCUGACGCUGGGCUCCAAGUUCCGCUACAGUGGCCGGACACAAGCGCAGACGAGAAGAGCCAGCGCCCUCAUAGACCGUCCCGCACCCUACUUCGAGCGGUCCUCUAGUAAACGUUACACUAUGUCUCGCAGCUUAGAUGGGGCAUCAGUGAAUGAAAACCAUGAAAUGUACAUGAAGGAUUCUGUGUCUGCUGCAGAGGUUGGUACUGGCCAGUACGCCACAACAAAGGGCAUCUCUCAGACCAACUUGAUAACCACUGUGACCCCAGAGAAAAAGGCAGAAGAAGAGAAAGAUGAUGAAGAAGGCAAAAAGAAAAGAGCAGAGGAAGUCACUCCGAUUUCAGCGAUACGCCACGACACCAAGCCAUCUUUGCUUGGCACUGACCCCCCCAGCCCCUCACCAUCCUUGCAGCCUGGCCCCCCAAUAUCUUCUCCAGCAAAGCUCCGCAGGAGAUGCAAGGAGAGCGCUCGGACCAAGGCUGUAGGUUCCGAGGUGCCCAACCAGAGCCCUCCAAAAGCUGGCGAGCCAGAGCCGGAGCCUGACAGGAAGGGGCGAGUUUGCUCCGCCGAGCCAGACCUGCCUUUCGCCUACAAGCAAAAACCCAGCAGAGGCGGAACGCUCUUUUCCUUCUCCUUGCAACUCCCCGAGUCCUUUCCUUCCCUCUUGGAUGAUGAUGGCUACCUGUCUCUCCCCAACCUCUCCGAAACCAACCUCCUGCCCGCCAGCGUGCAGCACUACCUCCCCAUCCGCUCCCCAUCCCUGGUGCCUUGCUUCCUCUUCAUUUUUUUCUUCCUGCUCUCUGCCUCUUUCUCAGUGCCAUACGCCCUCACUCUCUCCUUCCCUCUGGCUAUGUGCCUCUGCUACCUGGAGCCCAAGGCGGCCUCCUUGAGUGCCUCACUUGCCAAUGACCUGAGUGACAGUUCAGAGGAAGAGACUGACAGUGAGCAGACGGAUACCGCGGCUGAUGGUGAGACCACUGCCACUGAGUCGGAUCAAGAGGAAGAUGGGGACCUGAAGGCACAGGACCUAGACAAAACCCAGGAAGAUCUGAUGAAACAUCAGACCAAUAUAAGCGAGCUGAAACGCACCUUCUUGGAAACCUCCACAGAAACAACUGUGUCUAACGAGUGGGAGAAGAGGCUUUCCACAUCUCCCGUUCGGCUCGCAGCGAGGCAGGAGGAAGCUCCUAUGAUUGAACCACUAGUGCCUGAAGAGACUAAGCAGUUCACCAGUGAAAAGACCUUGGAUGGGUCCGAUAUCUUCACUUUAAUAGAGUCCGCCCGAAAACCGACUGAGUUCAUAGGAGGGGUCACCUCAACUUCACAGAGCUGGGCUCAGAGAAUAGACACGACAACAUCUCAGGAGAAAACUUCCAGUGAAAUGAAGCAAGUGGUUCAGCCGCAUCAGGAUACAGUGAAGAAGGUUGUAGAGGAGACUGUAGUGAUCAAGGAGAGCCGUGGGAUGGAUGUCCGAGUGAGCGGAGAUCCGGCAAAAACUGACGGACUGGCGCUGGAUGCCCAGGCUGUGGUGGCUGCCAGUGUGAAGGGGAAGGAGGGAUCUGCUGGGACUGAGGGGACCAAGGAGGAGAAAAGGGAUGAGGCUGAGAAAGCCCUGACCAAACGGGAAGGAGCUGCAGAUUCAUCAAGUCAGCAAGCACAGGAGCACAGUACAACAGUCCACCUGUCAGAGUCUUUGGAAAGAAAACAACAUUUUGAGUCACCAGUUGUGAAGACUGAGACUAUCAGUUUCAGCAGCCUUCCUGCAGGUGGGGAAAACCUUGAAAUCUCAACAAAGGAAGUGCCAGUUGUCCACACAGAAACAAAAACCAUAACUUAUGAGUCUUCUCAGGUGGAUUGUGGUGCUGACUCAGAACCAGGAGUAUUGAUGAGUGCACAAACCAUCACGUCUGAAACCACCAGCACUACAACCACUACACAUAUCACCAAAACUGUGAAAGGAGGCAUCUCAGAGACAAGAAUCGAGAAGCGAAUAGUCAUCACAGGAGAUGCAGACAUUGACCAUGAUCAGGCGCUGGCUCAGGCAAUUAAAGAAGCCAAAGAGCAGCACCCUGACAUGUCAGUGACCAAGGUAGUGGUACAUAAAGAGACAGAAAUCACACCAGAAGAUGGGGAGGAUUGA